CGCGGUCUCACAAAGCGCCACCCCCUCAGGAGAAUCGGCAGAGCCUCACGGUCUCUCAAACCCUCCCCCCGAGGAGAAUGGGCGGAGCUUUUGUCUGUCUAGCGGUCCCUCAAACCACCAAUCGUCCGGAGGAGAAAGGGUGGAGCCUCGUGUCUGCCUCGGGGUCCCUCAAACCGCCGCCAACCUCGAGGAGGAGAAUGGGCGGAGCCUCACGGUCUCUCAAAAAAAACAACCCCCGAGGAGAAUGGGCGGAGCCUCGCAGUGGCUUUUACGACAGAAAGGCCUGUGGCGUCAUCGCCGUCUUUUGCGCGCUUUACGGCGGGAGCAAGAUGGCGGUGGCGUCGCCCUUCAGCGGCGCUCUGCAGCUGUCCGACCUGGACGAUUUCAUCGGGCCCUCGCAGGAAUGCAUAAAACCAAUCAAAGUUGAAAAGUCUGGGAGAGUAGCAGCUAAGAUCCGUAUUGAAGAUGAUGGAACUUAUUUCCAAGUUGGCCAGGAUGCUGACAGCAGUACAUUCGAUGGCUUCCUUCCUAGGACGGAGGGUCACAAAAAACUGGAAAAGGCCAAGAUUACACUCAAUGACUGCUUGGCCUGCAGUGGUUGCAUUACAUCAGCGGAGAGCAUCCUAAUCACUCAGCAGAGCCACGACGAGCUCUGCAAAGUAUUAAAUGCCAAUAAGGCAUCCAAUUCUCCCAAGAAAUUGGUGGUGGUGUCUGUAUCUCCCCAGUCCAGAGCUUCUUUAGCUGCAAGGUUCGGAAUGACUCCUUUAGACACAGCUAAGAAGCUGACAGCCUUCUUGAAGAAUUUAGGGGUGCAUUUUGUCUUCGAUACAACUUUCAGCAGGAACUUCAGUUUGCUGGAGAGCCAGCGGGAAUUUGUGCAGCGUUUCCAGAGACGAGUAGAAGAUAAGAAGGCUUUGCCCAUGUUAGCUGCUGCUUGCCCUGGUUGGAUCUGUUAUGCUGAAAAAACCCACGGGAGUUUUAUCAUCCCAUACAUCAGCACUACCAGAUCACCCCAGCAGAUCAUGGGCUCCCUGAUUAAGGACCACUUUGCCAAACAACAGUACCUGACACCAGACCAAAUCUACCAUGUCACUGUGAUGCCUUGCUAUGACAAAAAGCUAGAAGCUUCCAGGCCAGAUUUCUUCAUUCAAAACCACCAGACCCGUGAGGUUGACUGUGUGAUUACAACAGGAGAAGUCUUAAAGCUGCUGGACCAGGAAGGAGUCUCCCUUCUUGAAGUGAAUCCUAUGCCUUUGGAUAGCAUGUUUGACAACCUUUUGGAAGAACAGCUCUUUGGCCAUUCUGGAGGUGGCUCUGGGGGAUACUUGGAGCACAUCUUCAAAUAUGCAGCAAAGGAGCUCUUUGGCAUUCCAGUGAAGGAGCUUCACUACAAGACCCUGAAAAACAAGGAUUUUCAAGAGGUGACGCUGGAGAAGGAUGGCCAGACUCUCCUGCACUUUGCCCUGGCGUAUGGAUUUCGGAACAUCCAAAACUUCGUGCAGAAACUGAAACGCGGAAAGCUGCCGUACCAUUACAUCGAGGUGAUGGCUUGUCCCUCAGGGUGCUUAAAUGGAGGGGGGCAGAUCAGAGCGGAAGGAGAAUCCAGCAAGGACCUGCUCCAUCGGGUGGAGACGCUCUAUGAAAUGGCCCAGCCGGAAGACCCCGAGAUGAACAAAACCAUCAGCGACCUCUAUGACAAGUGGCUUGGUGGCCCCACUUCUCAACAGGCUCAAGAUCACCUCCAUACACAAUACCAUGCUGUGGAGAAAGGCAGCGCAAGCUUUAAUAUUAAGUGGUAAAUUGGCUCAGCUCGUGUAAUACAGAAUACACGGAGCCCCAACCCCCAGACCGCGGCCCACAACUGGGCCAUGGCCUAUUCGCAACUGGGGCUGGGUGAGGGGCAGGCCGGUCGGCCUGCGCGUGCAGCUCGACUCACACAAGCAGCGGGCCAGCACGCAUGCAUGUACAGCUUGCAGUCAAGCUGUGUGCCUGCACCGGCCCACCGUUUGUGCAGUCUAGUACUUCCCCUACCCACCCACCAAGUUGCAAAGGUUGGGGACCACUUGAUGUAGUAGAUCGCUUAUUGUUGUAGAUGAAGCUGAAAGUUUCAUUUUUAAACAAAUAGUCGUAUCAAAGAUUUAUAUUUGAAUUUUUUAAAAAUUAUAAGGUGAAGCAUUGGCUUCACAGCAGACAACAGUGCUCUCCACUGGAUUUCUUAAUCUCAUCGGAUCUUUGAGGCAGAAAAUUGGACCGUUGUCAGUUUACAACUACAACUCCACCACUUUUUUCCUACUUCCAAACAGUUAGAAUUUAUGCAAGGAGGUCUUCUGAAGAAUUGCACGAGAGCAAAAUGGAACCAGGCUGAAUUUGGCAUUUGGGGAGAAGGGACCAAAAUAAGAUUUUAAAAAUGUACCGGUAAAUGGUUUGGAGGUCUUUGGGGUUUAUGGAGAAAAAUAAAAUCCUGAAACUCUCCUCACGAUGAAUCUGGAUGGGUGGGGCAGUUGAGUUAGCAGCACCAUUCUAGAUCUCUCUCCGGUCCUGUGGCACGAAGUGGAGCAUUUGCAGACUCACCCUGUCCUAGUCCACAUGCAACAUAAGGAGGGGGACCAAAAAUGCCCAUUCCCACCUUGCUGAGGUAUAUCACAAUGGCUGUGUAUGUGGACACUCAACAACCAUCAAUAAAAUAAGAAAUUGAUCACAGAACAUAGAA